AUGAUUGAUCGGUAUAAACAUCAACAACUCCGAAUUGGAUCAGUUUCGCCUCAACAAAUAAGUGCUUGGGCCAAUAAAAUCCUACCUAACGGAGAGAUUGUUGGAGAGGUGACAAAACCCUAUACUUUUCAUUACAAAACCAAUAAACCUGAAAAAGAUGGAUUAUUUUGUGAAAGAAUUUUUGGGCCUAUAAAAAGUGGAAUUUGUGCUUGUGGAAAUUAUCGAGUAAUCAGGAAUGAAAAAGAAGACCAAAAAUUUUGUGAACAAUGCGGAGUCGAAUUUAUGGAUUCUCGGAUACGAAGAUAUCAAAUGGGCUACAUCAAACUAGCAUGCCCAGUAACUCAUGUGUGGUAUUUGAAACGUCUUCCUAGUUAUAUCGCAAAUCUUUUAGAUAAACCUCUUAAAGAAUUAGAAGGCCUAGUAUACUGCGAUUUUUCUUUUGCUAGGCCCAUAGCUAAAAAACCUACUUUUUUACGAUUACGAGGUUCAUUCGAAUAUGAAAUCCAAUCCUGGAAAUACAGUAUUCCACUUUUUUUUACUACCCAAGGCUUCGAUACAUUUCGAAAUCGAGAAAUUUCUACAGGAGCUGGUGCUAUCCGAGAACAAUUAGCCGAUCUGGAUUUGCGAAUUAUUAUAGAUUAUUCAUUGGUAGAAUGGAAAGAAUUAGGGGAAGAAGGGCCUACCGGGAAUGAAUGGGAAGAUCGAAAAGUUGGAAGAAGAAAGGAUUUUUUGGUUAGACGUGUGGAAUUAGCUAAGCAUUUUAUUCGAACAAAUAUCGAACCAGAAUGGAUGGUUUUAUGUCUAUUACCAGUUCUUCCUCCCGAGUUGAGACCGAUCAUUCAGAUAGAUGGGGGUAAACUAAUGAGUUCAGAUAUUAAUGAACUCUAUAGAAGAGUUAUCUAUCGGAACAAUACUCUUAUUGAUCUAUUAACAACAAGUAGAUCUACCCCAGGGGAAUUAGUAAUGUGUCAGGAGAAAUUGGUACAAGAAGCCGUGGAUACACUUCUUGAUAAUGGAAUCCGCGGACAACCAAUGAGGGACGGUCAUAAUAAGGUUUACAAGUCGUUUUCGGAUGUAAUUGAAGGCAAAGAAGGAAGAUUUCGUGAGACUAUGCUUGGCAAACGGGUUGAUUAUUCGGGGCGUUCUGUCAUUGUCGUAGGCCCCUCACUUUCAUUACAUCGAUGUGGAUUGCCUCGCGAAAUAGCAAUAGAGCUUUUCCAGAUAUUUGUAAUUCGUGGUCUAAUUAGACAACAUCUUGCUUCGAACAUAGGAGUUGCUAAGAGUAAAAUUCGGGAAAAAGAGCCAAUUGUAUGGGAAAUACUUCACGAAGUUAUGCAGGGGCAUCCAGUAUUACUGAAUAGAGCGCCGACUCUGCAUAGAUUAGGCAUACAGGCAUUCCAACCCAUUUUAGUGGAAGGCCGCGCUAUUUGUUUACAUCCAUUAGUUUGUAAGGGAUUCAAUGCAGACUUUGAUGGGGAUCAAAUGGCUGUUCAUGUACCUUUAUCGUUGGAGGCUCAAGCAGAGGCUCGUUUACUUAUGUUUUCUCAUAUGAAUCUCUUGUCUCCAGCUAUUGGGGAUCCCAUUUCCGUACCAACUCAAGAUAUGCUUAUUGGGCUCUAUGUAUUAACAAGCGGGAAUUGUCGAGGUAUUUGUGCAAAUAGGUAUAAUCCAUGUAAUCGCAGAAAUUAUCAAAAUAAAAGAAUUGACGGUAAUAACGAUAAAUAUACGAAAGAACCCUUUUUUUCUAAUUCCUAUGAUGCACUUGGCGCUUAUCGGCAGAAAAGAAUCCAUUUAGAUAGUCCUUUGUGGCUCCGGUGGCAGCUAGAUCAACGCGCUAUUACUUCAAGAGAAGCUCCCAUCGAAGUUCACUAUGAAUCUUUGGGUACCUAUCAUGAGAUUUAUGAACACUAUCUAAUAGUAAAAAAUAUAAAAAAAGAAAUUCUUUGUAUAUACAUUCGAACUACUGUUGGUCAUAUUUCUCUUUAUCGAGAAAUCGAAGAAGCUAUACAAGGGUUUUGCCAAGCCUGCUCAGAUAGUAUCUAA